AUGUCGUUCUCUCGUGGAUGCUACAACUGCGGCCAGCCCGGCCACAACGCCGCUGCCUGCCCCACCGCCGGUAGCCCCACCUGCUACAACUGCGGUCAGCAGGGUCACGUCUCCGCCCAGUGCGGCAUGGAGGCCCAGCCCAAGUCGUGCUACCGCUGCAACGAGGUCGGCCACAUCUCCCGUGACUGCCCCAACGCUCCCCCUGCCGGCGGCAUGGGCAUGGGCAUGGGCGGUGGCGAGUGCUACAAGUGCGGCCAGCCCGGCCACAUUGCUCGCAGCUGCCCCACUGCUGGCGGCGCCUUUGGCGGUGCUCGUGGCGGUUUCGGCGGCGCCGGCGGCCGCACCUGCUACAACUGCGGUGGCGUUGGCCACCUGAGCCGCGAGUGCACCUCGGCCCCCAGCGGUGCCGGCGGCAACAUGGGCGGCGGCCAGCGAUGCUACAACUGCAACGAGACUGGCCACAUCUCGCGCGAGUGCCCCAAGCCCCAGACCAAGAGCUGCUACAAGUGCGGCUCGACCGACCACCUCUCUGCUGGCUGCACUGGUGAGGCCACCGCCUAA